AUGUCUAGUAAGUACAUCGCGUCAGCCGAUGUAACGAAUAUGCGAACGUUGACUCUUGGGAUGUUCCCGAAGGACGUUCUUGAGUUCCAAGAAUCGCAAGAGUUUUUCCAGCAGAUAACGUUCAUUGACUACCAGCUUCAGCUAUUGAUCCAGAAUGAAUUCCAGGGCCAAGAGUUUGCACCUGUGUACGAUCAGAAUGAUGGCUACGACUCCCAGAGCGAAAAGUUGGUUCAAUUGAUCGACUAUGCUAUAUCCAUUCUGGCCAACUACAACGACCAGUCCAAGACCUAUAGAGAGAGUCUCUACUAUGUUUCCGUGAUUGGACAAUUGUUUUAUUUAAACAACCAGCCCAAGGAAUUAUCCCGGGCUGUUGGAUCCAUCCACGUAACCAGUGAUAAUAAUAACAACGUGAAUGGGGCAACUGGAGAGGAUGAGUUGUUGCGAUAUUUGACAUGUAGAUAUAAGGUGUUGCAAGGAAUAUCCGGUAUGGUCAAUGACGAGCAGGAGGUAGCGUUGAGUGGUCCUCAUGUUUGGAAUGAAUACUUGCUAAAUUGGAAUGCAUUGUUCAAUAAAAGUAACGUUGCGGCAAAUCGUUGGUUGGAAUUCUUGUACGAUAAGUUCACUGACGUAUUGACUGCUGACGGGCUUAGUAAGUUGGAGUUUCAUCACUUAAGACAGCAGGACUUUGCUACCAACCACUAUUCAUUGAUCUCACUUAGUAACUACCUUUCUAGACAUUCUAACAAGAACAAAGUCACGCCGUCCUUCAAGCAGGAAUAUGCUUCUUGGUUGAGCAAGGUGUUGGAAGUGAAAAUGCUCGAUAGUCGUUCAUUCCCCAAUGCUCUGCAGAACCACCAAGAAAUCAACACUUUUGUUGAUAAUUUGUAUGAAAGUUUGAACAACGUCCUGUACUAUCAUACUAUUUUAAAACCAGCGUUGUCCAACAAGUUCUUGGUCAGCUGUACUACGAAAACCUAUCAAAGUCAAGUGGUAAUCUGCAACUUGGUCAAGACGCUACUCAGUUUAAAUGAAUUUGACGAAGCUUAUGCAGCAAUGAAAACCUACAUUCAGUACUUGCACAUAGACCAAGAACAGAAGCUCGGAUAUAUCGAUAACAUCCUCUCUAUCAUUGAUACUUACACCGCGUGUAUUCUUGCAUUUAAUCCGUUGGAUUCAUUCAUAAAUUCCACCACUAAAAAGUUUAAAUACACCACGAAAAAAAUGGUGGUGGAGAUGGUUGAAAAAUUAUCUGGAGAUCUUAUCGGGUAUCUCGGUGAAUUGGAGAAUAUGUGUGAUUUAACCUACGAUGAUGAUGACGAGACUGAUGAACUUUCAUUUUUGUUCAAAAAAUACAAUUUGAAUGUGUUAUUGGAUGACAGAUCUUCUUACAUUGAUCUUGUUUCCAAAGCCUGGUACUCUUUGGGUCGGUUUUAUGAAUUUUUGAGCACUUACGAAGCUGCAACUGAGUCUAAUCUUGAAUUAUACAUUGGCAAACUAUUGCAAUUCUACAAGAAUGGGCUUAUUGUAAAUUCCACAGGUAAUAGUGAGCUUUUGUUUAACUAUGCACUUUGUCUCGCAUAUAACCGUUCAUUGCUUCUGGCAUCCAAGCUUUGUAAAUUUAUAUUGAAAAAGUAUCCAGAAUCGUUCAAAACUUGGAAUUUACUUGUUUUAUUGUUAACACUGUUUGAACUGCAUAACCCUGACCACAGCCUAGGUAAAUCAGGCUCUAAUAAUGCUACAACCGCUGCCACUGCUGAUACUACUAUAACCACACAAACAUCUACAACCAUAAAUCGCAGUACUUCCUCUCCUAGCUAUCUGUUUGAGUCCGAAAAAUUCGUAAAUAAUGCACUCAACAUUGCAGCUCUUUUCAUUGAAAAGUAUAGUAAGUCCAAGGGAACCAUAAAGCUUUCGUUCGAAACGAAGUAUUAUAUAAUUCAAUUGAAACUCACUCAAUGUGCAAUACUAGAAUCUAUUUAUGGAGUUGACUAUAUACUUGAGGCUUUACCUGAAGUAUUUGGGUUAUUCCACGAAUUAUUCGAUCAAGUCUUAGUACACUCCAAAAAUGGAGGUAAUAGUGAAAAUUGGAAGCAUGCAGCUGCUUCUACAGAUAAUGCAUGGUCUCAUAGACCAAGUUUUAUUGACCCUGCUGUCAACGGGAAUGGACACGAAAAUGGGCAUGCGCGCAGAAAGAAGUCCAAUGACAUUGAACACAUUAGUGAAAAGUUAAAAAGCUUAUCGAAAACUGCCUCUCAUCACCAUAAGACCCUGAAGACUCCGGAAAGACAAACUUCUACGAAAUCCACAAGGAAUAGUGGAACCCCUGCAGAACGCAAAUUGCUACAGGAUCUUUGGCUUUGGGCUUCAAGUGUCUACUCCAAAAUUGGCAACUUGGAUCAAGCGGAAGAAUGCAUCGUUGAAGCUGAGACAGUUUAUGAACUGAAUGUGAAGACAUUCUCUAGUUUGGGCUAUUUGACUUCUAAGUCAAGAAAAUUCCUCUCUUUGCAAGAAUUUGAAAAGGCUUUAGAAAUAUUGGCUAAGAAUGAAAACUACUACAACAGGAAAGAUUUCAUGUUCACUUUAUUAGGAUUGUGUAAAUUGUUUAUGAUUGAUGAUCAGCUAAAAUCUUCAUUGUUUAUAUCCGCUACAGAUUUAGAGGCUGGUAUCAUCAGAUUGAAAAAUUAUUUGGAGAAGUUCACCUUGUGUUGGCCACAUGGUCACAGCCAACCAGAGGUUUGGUGGUAUCUUAGUUUAAUCUAUGAAAGAAUUGACGACAAGGUAUUGUUGAAUACAAGUUUGUGGAAGUGUAUUGAUUUGGAAGAUUAUAGGCCAGUUAGAGAUUUUUCAACUUCAGUUAUUGAGUCAUAG